GCCGUUCUGCCUCCGCGAGUCCUCCUUUUUGCACACACACGAAUACAAAGAGCCAUACGACCUUCGGAAUCCCUGGCCUAGAGCCCCAGCUCAUCUGCUCACUUUGUCUGAGAAAGCCAUGGGAACCCAGAGCUAGUGACUCAACCUGGUGAAGUCUCCCUGACCCGAACACCUGUCGUCGGAGCAGUCCUCUAGUGACACUUGGUGUCCAUCAGCCAUGUCUUUCAGUGCCACCAUUCUCUUCUCCCCUCCUGGUGGCAGUGAGGCCAGGUGUUGCUGCUGUGCUUGUAAAAGCGAGACUGGGGGGAGCAGCACAGGCUCCCAGGGCGGGAAUCCCCAUGCCAGCACCCCCAUCACAGUCACAGGACAUGGUCUGGCGGUUCAGAGCAAUGAGCAGCUCCUGCACAUCAUCUACCAGCGCGUGGAUAAGGCCGUGGGUCUGGCUGAGGCUGCUCUGGGUCUUGCCCGAGCCAACAAUGAGUUGUUGAAACGGCUCCAGGAGGAAGUAGGUGAGCUACGGCAAGGAAAAGUGGGCACCACUGAUGAGGAUGGAGAGAGCCAGGCCCACAGUCCCCAACCCGAGGAGCCUGGGCCUGUCAAGGAGAGCCCAGGGGAAGUCUGCAAGACUCUGUCUGCGGUGGAGGAGGAGUGUGACAGUGUGGGCAGCGGUGUGCAGGUGGUGAUUGAGGAGCUGCGACAGCUCGGGGCAGCGUCAACUGUGGGGCCUGGGCCCUUGGGCUUCCCAGCCUCUCACAAAGAUGUGAGACUCCCAGGAUGCACCCUGACCACGGGUGAAGGAGCCCCACUACUCAAUCCUCUGGUAGAUGACUAUGUGGCUUCUGAGGGUGCAAUACAACGAGUACUGGUCCCUGCCUAUGCCAAACAGCUCUCACCAGCCACACAACUGGCUAUCCAGCGGGCAUCCUCAGAAACAGGGCCAGAAAAUGGAACCAAGCUUCCACCACCUCGCCCAGAAGACAUGCUCAGUGCCGCCGUUGCAUUGGACAGUUCCUUGGAAGAGUCAGGCCCUGGGAGCACCGGGGAGCUGAGACACUCGCUAGGGUUUACUGCUUCUCCGUGCAGGAUCAGAGGGAGUGGCCAGAAGAACUCCAGGCGCAAGCGGGAUCUGGUACUUUCUAAAUUGGUCCACAAUGUGCAUAACCAUAUCACCAAUGACAAGAGAUUCAAUGGGUCUGAAAGCAUCAAGUCCUCCUGGAACAUCUCAGUCGUGAAGUUCCUUCUGGAAAAGCUCAAGCAGGAGCUGGUCACCAGUCCCCACAAUUACACUGAUAAGGAGCUGAAAGGAGCCUGUGUGGCCUACUUCCUUACCAAGAGACGGGAGUAUCGCAACUCCUUAAACCCUUUUAAAGGCCUGAAAGAAAAAGAAGAAAAGAAACUUCGAAGUCGCCGGUAUCGGCUGUUUGCCAACCGAUCCAGCAUCAUGAGACAUUUCGGACCUGAAGACCAACGCCUGUGGAAGGAUGUGACAGAAGAGCUGAUGUCAGAUGAAGAGGACAGUCUUAAUGAGCCAGGGGUCUGGGUGGCCCGCCCUCCUCGGUUCCGGGCCCAGCGCCUCACAGAGCUCUGCUACCACCUGGAUGCUAACUCUAAGCAUGGCACCAAAGCCAACCGUGUGUAUGGACCUCCUUCAGACAGACUGCCUUCUGCGGAAGCCCAACUCCUUCCCCCAGAACUGUAUAAUCCUAAUUUUCAUGAGGACGAAGAGGAAGGAAGCCAUGACAAUGGACCCAUCUCCCCAUCUUUCGACCAACCCCAUAAAACCUGCUGUCCUGACUUGAACUCAUUCAUUGAAAUCAAAGUAGAAAAGGAUGAGUGAGGUCUUUGACCAAGAAAAAACUGUGGCUUCUGCCACUCCCCACAUCCCAGAAAAGAGGGGCCAUGGGGCUUCUCCCAAUGAGAUAUUUUCUGUAGACUGAACAAGCAUCUCUCUCUUUUUUUUUCCAAUCAUGGAGCUUAAACUCUGGCCUGGGCGCUGUC